UAUGGGACCAUUUUUUGCAUUUCCUCAAGUUUACACAUAGUAUAAAAAUGUCAAAUAUAAGACACAGAAAAGUAAACAUCAGUCCCUCAAACUUUGUCAUCAAUGGAGUUCCUAGACGAAGAUGCCAAACCCAGAUUCCUCCUUCAAUCCAAACCAUUAAACCAAUCCAAUUCCGUCUCGGAUACCCAAACCCGAUCUCUUACCCGAACCGGAACCAUCAUCUCUAUAUCCCUUUCCCUUCUCUUCUUAGUUCUCUCUUUCUUCUAUUUCUCCUUUGAACCUUUCGGAUCCAUUUUCUUAUGGCUCUCUCUCUCCCUCCUUAUUGGUCCUUUUGCUCCAAUUUCGGUUACUGCUGGUGAUAUUCGGGUCGGACUCGGACCCCCCAUUCAUGACCCGGUUAAAGAGGAUCUUUCUGAUACUGAAGAUACCAAAAAGUCAAACAGAAGAUCCAAUAGACCCAUCAAGAAAAACCUUGAUUUUGACCCGGUUGUGGUUGAUCCUAACCCGGAAAAAAUUAAUGGGUCGGUUCCAAAUUCGAAGAAAAUUAAUGGGUCGAUUGGGGUUUUGGAGAAAAGCAACGGGUUGGUUGGGAAUUUGGGGAAAAGUGGAGGAGGGGGGGAAGGGCUGUGGAGUGAAGGGGAUGAAGAGUUGUUGAGGAAGAUGAUGGGGAAGAAUCCGGUAGGGAAACCAGGUCGAUGGGAGGCAAUAGCGGAGGGGUUUAAUGGGAGAUACAAAGUAGAAAGUGUGAUCAAGAAAGCUAAAGAAUUGGGUGAGAAGAAAGUGAGUGAUGAGGAUUCAUAUCAGAGGUUCUUGAAGGAUCGUAAAGCGGUUGAUAAGAGAGUUGAGGAGGGUGGAAAUGAGCGCGAUUUCGCUAAUGUAGAGGUCAAGAAGGUGGUGGAGAAUGGGUGGAGUAGUGGGGAGGAUUUAGCUUUGCUUAAUGCAUUGAAGACAUUUCCAAAGGAAGUGGCAAUGAGAUGGGAGAAAGUUGCAGCUGCUGUACCUGGGAGGAGUAAAGCAGCUUGUAUGAAAAGAAUGGCGGUAUUGAAGAAGGAUUUUCGAAGCUCUAAGUCCGCUAUUACUGAAUCUUAGGCAUCAAUUUUUCAGUUUUAUUGAAGAGGUAACGAAUUUUCUGAUAUACGAUACUUGUUUAUUUAUUAAAAACACUACUUUAGUUGGUAUUGUGAUUUGUUAAGGAAGAAAUUGUUAGGCAACUAGUUGUUUACUUAAAAAGUGUUUAUUUUUGAAGUUAUGUUGUUCUUUGAAUAUGUAACUUGACAAUGAUUUAUUAUAUGAAUAAAUACAUUCCCUUUCUGUGGA